AUGCACUGGUUCCAAAGCCUUGUGUUCCUGGCUGCUGGGUGCGUCUUCAACCAUGCAUUUCCAAGUGCCAGACUCAGAAGUAAAAAGGACAUCUGUCUCUCAAAGAUUGACUGGCGCAAACUUUGGCAACAAAUUGACAGAUUGAAUGCGAGUGGUGUGUCUCAGGAAUGUCAACAUAUGGACAAAAGCAGUUUGUGUGAUCCAGACCAGAUGGGAAUAAUGAACAUAUCUGAGGAGGUGCCUAUUAUUCUUCAAAUACUCAAUGAAACUGCAGCACUCUUUGAAAGGAAAGACACUCCAUUCUCUGAUGUGAGGGAAGUUCUGGAGUAUAACUAUGUGACACAAGAGGACCUAGAAAAUUGCCUGCAAUCUCACUUCAAUCAUCAUCAUUUGACUGAGAUAAAAGAAUGUUUUGGGAAAAUGCAAACAUUUCUGAACAAUGAGAAUAGCCGCUGUGCUUGGCAAGUUGUACAUGAAAAUUCCUUUGUCAUUCUUCAACAUCUUGAGUUUUACAUGGCUACUUCACUGAUGAACUGACUCAAACUAAAGGAUUUUACAUUUCCAUGAGCUGAUGGUUGCUGCUAGAUCAGUUUCAAAAAUAUGUGUGCAAUAUGGCUUGUUUACAAAAUUAAUUGUGAUAAAUAUUUUUUGAACAAAACACUGACUUACAAAUUCUUUCUACUUCAACAUUUCUUCAAGAAUGAGGCUUUGGUCUUCACGGAGAAAGCUUACAUUUGUCAGUGUGUCAUUUCAACUUUCCCAAAGGCAAUAUUCAGGGUGUCCCAUACAUUUCAGUGGAGUUAGAUGCUUGGUAGUAGUGAGCUGCGGUGGCUCAAUGGGUUAAACUCUUG